GCGCGCCAAAUCAGAUACCGAGGGCCGACAGCCCCGCGCGCAGCGCGGCGGCCUCAGGCAGAUCGUUACCAGGGAGUGGCUCUGCUCCGCUGUCCCGCGUUGGGAAUCAGAGGCGGGCUGUAUAUGGUCCCACCUUUGCGCUUGCAUACAUGCGGUUGAGGCUUUCAGGCGUAACUUCAUUUUCGUGUCAGUGCUGCUACAAUGGCGGCUGCCUCAUCAUCACUGAUGCAAUGUGUGUCAGCACCAGCGAGCACAUCUUCCUCUUCGGCAGCAACUGAGCUCUGCAGAUCUCGUGCCGCAGCUGCCUCAGCAGCACACACUGUGACCAAACUGAUUCCUGAUAAGUGCAAAGGAGUGGUGGUACGCCUUGCGUCGACGUUCUCACGCAAUGCCGUCGCGCCGCCCUCACGGCUUUCCAGAUUGGGUCCGUCUGGAGGGUCGAAAUGGGAUGCACUUUUCAAGUUUGGAAAGUUCGGGUUUAGCUCAGAGGAUGCUGGCAUGUAUGGCAGUCAGGGACGGGACGACUACGGCCGAGAUGAUGUUGAACAGUACUUCAACUACACAGGGAUGCUUGCAGUAGAGGGAACGUACGACAAGAUGUAUGCUUUGCUGGACAUGGAAAUCCAUCCCGUUGAUAUUCUACUGUUGUUUGCGGCCACUGAAGGCGACAGACCAAAGAUACAGGAACUGUUGAAAGCUGGUGCCAGGAUCGAUGUUGAAGAUGUCGACGGAAGGACCGCGGUUGAUCGAGCUGCGGACGAGGAAAUCAAGCAACUUAUUCUCAAAGGAGCACAGGCUGCAAAUAGUUCUCUCACCUAACUGGGGGGUGAAAAAAAAGGGGAAAAGGCAAAAGUCGCAAAUGAAUCUGGAUCAAAAAAAGGGAAGAGGGGACAACAACAAAAAAGGGUUCAUCAGAGCGACAAAUAAAUAACACCCUUGCUCCAGGGUAGUCGUCUUGUGGACCUGUGACAGAGAGCUUUCUUCAGAUCCAAGGUCCAAGUGGGGGUUGCAGGGUCUGCUGCCCUUUCCGUGACCAAUUCGGCGACAAGAGGUUGCAAAAGAUCAGUGGCCAGAAAUGAAGCAUCGGAUUCUGCGCAAAGUUCGCGAACUAACGUGACAAUCAAUUGCCAGAGACGAAGCAUAUGUACGAUAACUUAUGUGGAUUCACGAUGCCUUUUUCGGAUCGUGACAGACUCUACUACGAAGAUCAACGGCGAGAGAUGAAGCAUCUGCACAAGCAGGGUACCGCCCUCAGGAUGCAAGCGCCCAGAGUACUUAGGCAAAAUGGCAACUCAUCCGUUCAGCAAUGAACAGAUAAAGUUUUAGGCAAGACCAUCUUUUCCAUCUUAAAAAAUUAAAAAAAAAAAAAAAAAAAAAAAAAAAAAAGGGCACACCCUGGAGACGCAUGUCAGUCCUGGGCUCGGGCUGUACGCUCAAGGUGCAGCUCUGUGACACCUUUUUUUUGUUUCUUUCUUUGCAAGACAUAGGAAUUCAAUUGCAUUGUCUACUUCAGAAUUUUCUAUGUAUGGGCCUGCUUGAAUGAAUCUGGACGUCUGCUUUGUCCAGAUGCAUCCAGGAAAUUCACUCCAAGUAGAUUUGCAUUUGGGAACUCUGUGACAACAUCAGUUGAAAGUUUUGGUCUCCUCUUCAUCUACUCCAAUGUCAUGGCGUACUUGAAUGAAUCUGGAUGUCAUUACGUCCAGAUGCAUCCAGGAAACCCCUGCUGUGAGUCUGUUCUUAAAUUUAAACCCACCAACUUCCAUUGCCUGGUAGAAGUUCUAUUUGCUUCACGAAUUUUUUUUAUUUUUAUUUUUAUUUUUUAACUAUACUCUUCUCUCAAUUUUCCUCACACUACCUACCUACCACUACUCCUACCUAUAGGCAUAGCAUACCAGAGCCGUGUUACUCUUCUCUCAAUUUUCCUCACACUACCUACCUACCACUACUCCUACCUAUAGGCAUACGGGGAAACCCGUAGCAUACCAGAGCCGUGUUUUUACGGCCCCUCGAGCCUGCAGGGCACCCGCUACCCAAGAGAUAGACCACUGGAUCGCCCGAUCGGCAUCAAGCAGAGUGUGCUAUGUUUGUAGGGGAGGGGCCUGAGGGGAGGCACGGGGGAUUGGUCCGUUUUAUUUCGAUAGCCAGCCAGGAAAAAAAAAAAAAAAAAAAAAAAGGUUGAGAAAAACGUGAGAGUCUUUCAAGUGCGUGCCGGCUUUUUUUUUUUUUUUUUUUUUUUUUUUUUUUUUUUGGUUCUCGUUUCACAGGUGUAGACGGCUAGAACCAUUCGCUGGUACAAUGCAUUGGGGACAAUGGGUACCCUCAGGUUGUACCGUUGUACCAUUGGGGGCAGGACGGGUACCAAUUUGGGAGUAGGACUGGCUGGUAUACCAUCGGAGGUAUAGGAUUGGUACCGAUUGUUGGUACCAUAGAAUAUGAAUGGGGUAUUGGUUGGUGGUGUAAUCCUUUUUAUGAAUCUGAUGCGAAAUUGUGACUCCAUUCAAUCCAAGAACGAAGAUUCCAAAAG